GCGCGGCAGUCUUGUUCCGGCCGGCGCGCGCCCCGCACGGCCCCAUGGUGGAGCACGCGCUCGUCGACUGCUCCCAGGCGAGCGCCAUGCAGACCCUGCCGCCGCCGCCGCCGCACGCGCACCGUGACGACGAGGAGGACCACCUCGCCGAUGAAUACGUGCAGAACUUUGAACUCGACCACCUCGAAGACCACCAGCAACUCAAUGUCAAACGCGAGCCUCUUCGCGCGGGAUGGCACGAGAUAACCGAGGCCCCGCCGGCCUGCGCCCGCGCCUGUCGGCCGUGGCCGGAUGCGGGACCCUACCCGCAGCCGCACGUCGCCGUCGCCGUGGACCCCAGCACUCCUCCGGAGACACCCCCGGCGGUCAUCGGCCGCAGCCCCUGCCGCGCCGCCUUCGUCGACGACGUGCUUUGGUUGCCUAACAUGCGGGAACCACUCGACAUGCGCACCGUCCCUUGCGGGGCAUUCGAGGAAUGGGAUCGUCGCGAGUGGCGCGAACAGGAACACCACCACAACAUGCAACAAGUCGCCCUCCGCCCGGCGAGCUCGUGCUCCGGGCUCUCACCCCGGACCAGCCACCACCAGUCAUAUCAGCCAUCUUCGUGUGGGGACGAUCUCCUAAGCGACGAACAGCUGAUGACUCUGAGCGUGAGGGAAUUGAACAAACGCCUGCACGGGUUCCCGCGGGAGGAUGUCACUCGGCUAAAGCAAAAGCGGCGCACGCUGAAGAACCGUGGAUACGCGCAGAACUGCCGAAGCAAGCGACUGCAGCAGCGGCAGGAGCUCGAGAUGACGAACCGGUCGCUGCAGAACGACCUGCACAAGAUGCAGCUGCAGCUGGCGCGCGUGACGCACGAGUGCGACGUGCUGAAGCAGCGGCUGGCGCUGGUAGGGCGCGAGCACGUCGUGCCCAACCACGCACCGCCCACGCCGCACUCCUCACCGGAGUUCUUCUCGGAGCUCUGACGGCAGGGCGCGGCGUCGGCCCGCGGCGCCUCCGCCUCCGCCUGCGCCUGGCAGCGCUACUGAGGCCGCCGGCCCGCGCCGCCGCCGCCGCCGUCGACCGGCCGCGCCGCUCUUCACUGCGUUUGAGCUUCUACCAUCAGCUCUCUUGUGCUUUUGUUAAGUUUGAAAUUUAAUUAUCAUCAGUUCCAGUUUUAUAGCUUUUUUUUAUUAAGGUGGAACUUUAGAGCCGUGAUCGGCGUGCUCGUCUAAUUCAACACCGUGUUAAAUGUAUGGUUGUGUCGUAAGAUAUGCAUAGCUUCGUUACAUAUGUAUUACUAAAAUUAUACAUAAGUUAAAAUGACUCAAAUGAUGGAUAAUGGAGUUACUGUAAAUAGAUAUAUUACGAAUUACGAAUAUUAUCUUUAGGAUCUGUGUUUUCCUAAUAAAAUAUUCAUAAACUAAA